GUGGUGGUGACAGUGCAUAGUGACACUGCCUGCUGUGUGGUGCUCUCUGUGCACUGUGUGGUGCUGGUGCCAGUGCCCAUACUGGUGCUGGUACCCACUCCUGGUGCCCAGUUCCUGGUACCAGUGGCUGGUGCUGGUUUGGUGCCUCGGUACUGAUGGCCUUGCCUGGUGCCCAAUGCCCCUGUCCAGUGCCAAGUGUCCCUGUCCGGUUGUGGUCCCAGUGGCCCCUGAGCAGUGUCCAUGUUCACUGCCAAGCUCCCAGUGCCCAGUGCCCAUUGUCCAGUGCCCAGUUCCUUGUGGCCCCUGCCUUGUGCCAGUGUGCGGUGGGCUGGGCUGGGGGGUGGUGUUUGGGCUGGGCAGUGGGCGGGCUCUGGCUGCGGGGUGUUCCUGCCCCGCUGUCUCGCGGCCGGUCCGUCUGUGUGUCUGUGGGGCCGGUCCGUCUGUCUGUCGGUCGCUCGGGGCGGCGCCGCUCGGGGCGGUCCGUGCAGGAGGAAGCGCAGCCGGGGCAGAGCGGCCCCGCGGCGGCCGGAGCCGCGCGCUCGGGGUGGGCAGUGCCAGACAGGCCUCGUGUCUGACAAGGGGCAGGGAGAUGGAUCGGGGAGUCACCGUGGAGAACCCCUAUGCCAGCGUCAACAUCCCACGGGAGCAGUUCCAGCAGAGCUUCAUCACUCGCUACCUGAGAGACGAGCCCACCAUCAUCGCCAACCCCGCGGCCGUGCCCUCCUACGGCACCGAGGGGCACACAGAGCUUGCCAACGGCUGGAACAGCCCAACCAUCUCCACAGACAAGUCUUGGUCCCGUCCCUACAACCCCUAUGCCAGCCUGAGGGCGCCCAAUGGGGACUCAUCUGCCUCCUUCUACACUGUGACCCUGAACAAGCCACCCAAGGGCCAGGAGCAGGAGGCUGGCAGGAGAUGUGGCUGCUGCAGGUGCUGCUCCUGCUGCCCAAAGUGCUGCUGUGUCAUCUCCUAAGGGCUCUCCCUGCACACACAGGAUGUGUGACCAUGAGAUGGGGCCAGGUGACCCCACAGGGACAUGACUGCUGGCCUGGGCACCCCUGGCAGAGCUGGCACUGGCAGGACUGACAUUGCUUUUUACCUGUGAACUCUGCAGCCAGAUGUGCUGAUGAUGUGCACCUUUCAGAUGGGCCAUGGGGCCCAGGAGCCCUGAGGAUGAUGUGUGCCAGGACAGCUGUCACAGGAAGUGACAACACUGGAGACGGGGCAGCACUGAGCCUGGGAUCCCACACAGAGCCCCUGUCUGCGCCCCAGUGCUGGGAACCUCCGCCCUGGGAAGGGGUGGGCAGUGCCCACCUGCUCAUGGCUGGGUUUGGAUGGUGGCAGCCCUGUGUGCGUGGCAGAGGAAGACAUCAUCGUCACUGUCUUGGAGCAGGGGAGAGGAGCCAGGGACAAGCCUCCAGCUGGCACAGGGACCCACUUGCCCAGAAGUGAGUCCUCCCCCCUCCCACAGCAUCACAGGAGUGCUGCCGGCCCCUGCACGAGACUCCAUCUGGAUGCUGACCCUCCUCACCACACUGCUCAUGGGGCAGAGCGAUGGAAACAGGAAAGACAGACAGCCAAAGCAUGGCAGAGUGCUGGGCCAGGCUCCAGGGCAGCACCUGCUGGCACAGCAUGGAUAUGAGCAUUAAUGCACCAGUGCCAGGAAACCCCCAGCCCCAUUCUGUUCCUCCUGCCAGGCUUGUGGCGUGCUGGGCACAACCUCUUGUCCCAUCUGCAUCCCAGAGACAGGUCCAGCACAGAGGGCUGGCCCAGCUCCAGCAGUCGGGCAGCACUUGGGCACAUUGCUGGGGAUGCAGAGGCCCAGCAUUGGCCUUUUGCAGCUCCCAGGGCUUGCAGGAAGGUGGGAGGAGCCGCCUGGCUCUUCCCCGUGUGCUGUGGCUUCUCCAGGCUGGGCUUUUGGCUGGGGCUGCUGCCAUCGACCUGGAACAAGCCUGCUGUUGUGCUGAUGUCCCGCCGUGGUGCUGACGUGCCUUCCUGGUGCUGACAGCCCUCCCUGGUGCUGGCAGCCCUCCCUGGUGCUGGUGUCCCAGGACAGCU